AUGCUCCGAUCCAUCAUCAGACCGGUGCUUCGGCCGGCUGCUCGGAACGUCCGCACUUUUGUGACAUCGUCCGUGGCUCUCAACGAAACCUCAGCUCCAACCCAGCAAAAUACUACCCGGCAGUACUCUGAGACUCCUGAGGAGCUUGUUCAAAAAGUGGUGUGUGAUACUCCUGCCAGCGAUCUGGCGGCCUCGGAGCCUGUUGCUGCGGAUCUUCAGGCUCAACUUGCUAGCGAGUUUGAUUCACUGCUUGGAGACUUUGUGCGCAAUGCGAACCUUGCACCUGCAUUCCCUGAGUUGAACCCACCUAAACCCCCCUCGGCCAAAAAGUCAGGCUCUGACGCCAUCACAACAUCGGCAACUCAAUCGUCGGCAACUGCAGAUCGUGUGCGUCACCCAAAUCUUAAAACUUCGCACCCUGAGGCUCCUUAUUCAUCUCAGGAAACCUACCUGCGUAGACAACACCAGGCCCGUGUGCUCGGCGGCCUUGGUUCACGUAUCAGCAACGUUUACCGCCCACAUGAGGACGUUCUUACUCCACCAAGCUCUGCACAAACUUCGAUUGAAACUCUAUUGGCAGCUGGUGCUCAUCUGGGCCAUUCAGUUGCUAUGAUGCGUGCUUCUACACAGCCCUACAUUUACGGUGUUCGGGACGGGAUCCACAUUAUCAAUCUUGAAACCACACUUGUUCACCUUCGCCGAGCUGCACGGGUGGCCCAGGAGGUUGCUGCUGCUGGUGGUGUUAUUUUAUAUGUGGGGACUCGACCUGGUCACCAGCGUUCGCUGGAGGAGGCUGCCGCGCGGUCUGGUGGGUUUUACGUGCAACGCCGAUGGGUUCCUGGAACAUUGACCAACUGCCGAGAAGUAUCGCAGCACUGGGAUCGGGUAGAGGUUGACAUGGGUGAUGUGCCUACUGGGCGGUUACUUUCUCCAAGAGUGAAGCGGUCACUGGUUAAGCCUGAUUUGGUUGUUUUUUUGAAUCCUGUUGAGAAUCGCAACGCAAUACUAGAAUGUAUUCAGGUUAAUGUACCUACCAUUGGUGUGGUGGAUACUAAUUGUGAGCCAUCAUUGUUGACAUACCCUAUUCCUGGUAAUGAUGAUUCGACGCGUGCAACAGACUUGUUUGUGGGAGUUUUAUCUAAGGCUGCUCAAAAGGGACGGGCCAAACGGUUGGCUAGUUUUUCUUCUUACCGGGCCCAAGCUCAGAAACAGAAUCAGGCUCAAGCUCAAGCUCAAGCGUGA